AAGGGCUAACAUCUGACCAUAUUUUUCAACAAGAUCAGAAGUGAACACAGGAGAAUGCACAGUAACUGUCGGCAGAGAGGGAGGAACCAGAAUUCCUCCAAAGAAAUUCCUCUUCAAACCGAUUUUCCAACGGGGUGUUCCAUGGAGAACGAGCCUGGAAUUGUGUCGCCAUUUAAACGAGUAUUCCUAAAAGGUGAAAAGAGUAGAGAUAAGAAAGCCCAUGAGAAGGUGACAGAGAGGCGCCCUCUGCACACUGUGGUGCUGUCCCUGCCUGAGCGCGUCGAGCCCGACAGACUGCUGAGCGACUAUAUCGAGAAGGAGGUGAAGUACUUAGGUCAGUUAACGUCCAUACCAGGAUACCUGAAUCCCUCCAGUAGGACCGAAAUCCUGCAUUUCAUAGACAAUGCAAAGAGAGCCCACCAGCUCCCCGGACACUUGACCCAGGAGCAUGAUGCUGUGAUCAGCCUGUCUGCCUACAACGUCAAGCUGGCCUGGCGGGACGGGGAGGACACCAUUCUCAGGGUCCCCAUCCAUGACAUUGCUGCCGUGUCCUAUGUGCGGGAUGAUGCCUCACACCUGGUGGUCCUAAAGACAGCCCAGGACCCCGGCAUCUCCCCCAGCCAGAGUCUGUGUGCAGAAAGUUCCAGAGGCCUCACCGCAGGCUCCCUGUCGGAGAGUGGAGUGGGACCUGUGGAAGCGUGCUGCCUGGUGAUCCUGGCUGCAGAGAGCAAGGUCGCCGCUGAAGAGCUGUGUUCCCUGCUGGGCCAAGUCUUCCAGAUUGUGUACACGGAGUCCACCAUUGACUUUCUGGACAGAGCCAUAUUUGAUGGGGCCUCGACACCCACCCACCACCUGUCCCUUCACAGUGACGACUCCUCCACCAAGGUGGACAUGAAGGAGCCCUAUGAGACGGAAGCCAGCACUUUCUCCUUCCCUGAGUGUGGGCAUGCAGGCGGCGUCUCGCCCUUGUCCUUCUGUGUGCCAACGGCGCCCCACACCAAGACGGUCAGUGAGAGUGAGCUGAGCGCCACAGCCGCCGAGCUGCUGCAAGACUACAUGCUCACGCUGCGCACCAAGCUGUCCUCGCAGGAGAUCCAGCAGUUUGCAGCGCUGCUGCACGAGUACCGUGACGGGGCCUCGGUGCACGAGUUCUGCAUCAACCUGCGGCAGCUCUACGGGGACAGCCGCAAGUUCCUGCUGCUGGGUCUGCGGCCCUUCAUCCCUGAGAAGGACAGCCAGCACUUUGAGAACUUCCUGGAGACCAUUGGAGUGAAGGAUGGCCGUGGUAUCAUCACGGACAGCUUUGGCAGGUACCGGCGGGCCAUGAGCUCCACCUCCACCUCCAACGGGAACAGGGCCGCGGGCAGCUCUGAUGACCAGUCCGUGCCCUCAGAGGGGGACGAGUGGGACCGCAUGAUCUCGGACAUCAGCAACGACAUUGAGGCACUAGGCUGCAGCAUGGACCAGGACUCGGCCUGAUGGUGCAGGGAGGGACCCUGCGAGUCCGCCCUUCCUGUGCCGGGGCUGGGGCUGGCCGAGGAGCCCCAGGUGCAGGUGGCCCUCUACUGUGAAGGACACACCCCGGUGCGGGGGCAGAAGGCUGCACCCUGCUGCCUGCAUGCGGCCCCGCUUCGGGAGGGGGUCCUGUUGGCCAGACCUCGGACAGCUGUCGAUUUUGCACAUGACGUUCCUAUUGAAACUCCCAGAGACCUUAAAAGAAGUUUACUGCAAUGUGAAUAACUUA